UAUCUAUACCUUACUACAAUAUCAUUCAAUUACAAUUCUACAUUGCUACAAUCCCGAAAACUUUUGCAACAAAAUCUGUGCUAGAAAGGCCAUCAACUGUGGAGUCUUCCAUCUUCAACAACAACAAAUCGAACAAAAAGCAAACAAUGUUCGCAAACAUCGCGGCAUUCUCCAUUGUUGUUUUACAAUUGCUUGGACAGUUAAACAUCACUGGAGCGGUAAGCGUCGGUCAUUGGAAUCACAGCCUUCAGGAAGGAAAGGUAACGCUUGCUAAAGGCUCGAGGGUUGCUGCCGGCAGAGAAGAUUUUGGACAGUAUAUGAGGAGUUCUCCUAAUGCUUGCAUUAUUGACACUCUGAAAAUGGUGGGUAAAGAUUAUAUUCUGUUAUAUUCCAAGUAUAAGGAUAAAGAGGCUAAAGGUUGUACGGUGGAUUUUUUAACUGAUCUGGAGAACGAGAUUGCUUUAUCGGCUGCUCUUGUAAAUUUUGACGGGAUUGGUUUUUGCUUGAAUAAUGGUGACAUCAAUUCAAAUGUAUUGCCUUUUGCCUACAGUCUGACAAAUGAAGAGGUCAAGAAAUUCCACAAUGGCCCUCUUUUCGCUGAUGGUGACUGUCCUGGUUGUUAUGGGGGAUGUGUCAAAAAGACGGGUCUAGAAUUUAGAUGGGCUUCUUAUGAAGCUCGAGGCAAAGAAUAUGUUUUGCUUUCUGCAAAUCCAAUUGCCACGAAAUUGGUUCAGACUGAAAUAAAAUUGUGGUACAUGAAGGAGAAAGCAAUUAGAAUUAAUUCUGUUCUCACUAUCAACCAAAAGGAUCCUAAAUUUCAUAUCAGUUCUCCAAUAAAUGAGCCAAACAUCAAGGAUCAAAAAUCUAUUUGCAUGAAUAACCUUAAAGAAAACGUUCUCUCGCCUUCAACAUGGGAAAUUGUCGGUACGAGGCCAGAUCCUAUAAUGACUCGUUUGUUGGUUUUUCAUCUUCUUCCACAAACAGCAUCGCGAAAGAUGACAAUGAAGGUAGAAGAUCUUGUUACAGGAAAUAAGAAAUAUGUUGUAAAAAAAGAACAUCCAGUUGGGCCUGAAUGCAAUGAAGUGGCGAUCUUAUUUGAUAAGCGUAAUUACAGAUUGCUGACUGUCUCUCCUAUUACUGCAACAUCAAAACCAACAUCACCUGCAGAAUUGCCAACUCAAGGCUUACCAAUUAUGCAACAGAAAACUGCACCCUCUCCCAAAGUUUCAACUAAAUCCCCCUCCAAAACUACAGUCACAAAAGCUAAAACAAAGAGGACUUCUACCACCAAAGAUUCUUCAGAGACUCUGUUGAUUGUUGUGAUGAUCGUUGUUGUCGUUAUUAUUUUGGUUGCUAUUGGGAUUGGAAUUGCUGUCUACUUUGUCUCUAGGAAGGACUCAGGCAAGAAAGAGAAAGGUGCUGCUAGACCCAACAAAUAAACUGUUCGAUAUCUUACCUAUAUAUUUAUGUAUUUUACCCGUUCCCCUCUAUCCAGUUCUCCCAAACAUUUUUUCCGUAUUUCAUAUGCUAAAUAGUAGAACAUAUUUGUAUCACAAUAAGAUUUAUUUAUUGUAUC